UCCCCCACUUAGCUUUGAUUAUUUGAUUCGUCAGUUUUUUUAAUUUUAAGUACAUCGUUUAAAGUUUUAUUAUUGCAUAUCUACUACCGUCUAUCAUAUAAAUUCUAAUACUUGGCAGCGAACAUCCUGGUUUUUAUAUUAACUAAAGUUUAUGCAUUUGUAAUAUAAAACAAUAAUGAAGUUUCCAGUAAAAUUGGCCCUAGGUUCGCUAUGCGCUUUACUUUUUAUCGUGCUGGUUGGAUUUGUUAUGUUUCCUAAAAUAAUCAAGGGCAAGAUCAAAACGAUGGUAAAUUUAAAACCUGGCAAUGAAAUCAGAGAUAUGUUUCUUAAGGUUCCCUUUCCACUUAGCUUUAACGUUUAUAUAUUUACUGUAUUAAAUCCUGAUGAAAUUCACGCUGGGGCUAUUCCAAGGCUAAAAGAAGUGGGUCCAUUUUGCUAUAAUGAAUGGAAAACAAAAAUUAAUGUAGAAGAUAAUGAACAAGAUGACACGAUCAGCUAUGAACCUGUCGACACUUUUGUAAAAACAAAUGGACAUGAUUGUAAAGAUGGUGAUACAGAGAUUACAGUACCUCAUCCCAUGAUAUUGGGAUUGGUAAAUACAGUGUUUCGUCAAAAACCGGGAGCUUUAACUUUGGCAAAUAAAGCAAUAAAAUCUAUAUGGUCGAGUCCUUCGUCCAUAUUUAUUACUGUAAAGGCUAGAGAGCUUCUUUUUGAUGGUAUCGUUAUUCAUUGUGGAGUCACGGAUUUUGCAGGAAAAGCUAUAUGUGCAAAUUUAAAGGCUGAACCUUCGUUAAUUCAUUUAAAUGACAACGAUUUAGGAUUUUCAUUAUUAGGCCCUAAAAAUGGUACAGCAGGAAAACGUAUUAUUGCAUUCAGAGGUACGAAAGAUUAUCAUCUUGUUGGCAAAAUAGUAACUUAUGAUGGUAAACCCAAGCAGGAAGUUUGGAAUAGUUCCACUUGUGAUGCAAUUAUGGGUACUGAUGGAACCAUAUUUCCGCCUAUGCUAAAGAAACAGGACGGGUUAAUGUCUUUUGCUCCUGAUCUUUGUAGGUCUCUCCGUGCAACAUUUCAAAAACACGACAGAUACGAUGACAUUCCUGUUGGAGUUUACUCUGCUUCUUUGGGUGAUCAGUCUAAGAAUCUUGAAGAAAAGUGCUUUUGCACAACACCUGACACUUGUUUAAAAAAAGGCCUUAUGGAUUUAUACAAAUGUGUAAAAAUACCUCUUUAUGCAUCAUUACCACACUUCUAUGACAGUCAUGAAAGUUAUCUUAAAGGAGUAAAGGGUUUACAACCCGAUGAAAAAAAGCAUGGUAUAAAAAUAAUGUUUGAAGCUACUUCAGGCAGCCCAGUAUGGGCCAGAAAAAGACUUAUGUUUAGUAUGCCGAUGGAACCCAAUCCCAAAGUGGAUCUAUUUCACAACUUCACACCUACGGUGUUUCCAAUUUUUUGGGUGGAGGAGGGUGUGGAUCUAAAUAAUACAUAUACCAAGCCACUAAAGGAUUUAUUUUUGAUUAAAAAAAUUGUAGCUGUAAUGAAAUAUUUAGUUCUUCUUGGAUCCUUAGGAGGUUUAGCAGUUUCUGGAUAUCUUUUUUACAAAACACAAGAAAAAUUUAGUGUUUCAACUGUAAAGCCAGUUGCUUCGGACUAUAGCAACAAUGAUUCAAUAGGUUCAGUGUCAAAUGGGAACAACUAUAAUGGCAUAGAAAAUGAAACCUACGAAAAGUAUUAAAGUUGAUUUGAAUUAAAUUAGAAUGAUAUAGUUGAUUAUAAACCAAACGAUUUUUUUUAUUGGUAAAUUAAUUUUUUAGUUAAAUCUCUAGAUUAUUCUCUCUAUUAUUCGUAGUUAAAUUUUUAAAUAAUAUCAUAGUUUUUACAAUAAUUAUAUUAAUUUUUUUAUAUAUCAAAGUUCAAAGUAUUAGUAAUACACCUUUAACAAUAAUUCAAUUUAUUAAAAACAUGUCACAAAAACACCAGUUCGUAAUAAUCUUAACAAACACUAAAAAUAGAAUACUGAAAAAUGUAGAACAUUUUUAAAACAUCCUUUUAUAUAAGUUAAAAAAAUUAUUGUUUAUUAUAGAAAGGUUACUAUAUUCCUAUAAGUAAUACU